AUGGCAUCUAAAUCUGGUAAAUUAACUAAAGAACAUUUUAAAACAUGGUUGAAAGAAGUUUUCUAUCCUAAUGUUGGCAGUAGAAGUGUAUUACUGCUUAAUUCAUGGAGCGGACAUUGUCCAGAAGCUGUUCAAGAGGCUGAUUCGAAAGAUAAAGAGAUUCAUUUAUUAAAGAUACCUAAAGGUACGACGGGAAAAAUUCAACCUUUGGACGUAUUCGGCUUCAGAAUAUGGAAAAAUUUUGUGAGACAUUUUUCCGACAGUGUUAUACUAUUAAAUGGCGACCUAAAUUUACAUAUGAGAAACAAUGCCAUCAAGUUACAUUCGCUCACUCACAACCAACUGUCAUCGCCUAGAUAUUGGGACGAUGAUCGUGGGGGCUAA